AUGACUAAAAUGAUUCCGCCGGUACCCACCUCAGCCGUCAUGAUGCCCACGCCCAAGCAGAAGAUCGGCUUCAGCAUCGAAUCAAUUGUUGGCAACGAUGCGGCGGCGGCAGCAGCUGCCACCACCCACAUGGAAAAUGGCCAGCAGGCUCUCAGCCCAGGCGCGUCGGAGCGCAAUGGACCCAGCUCCCCACCACAGACCCCACCUGCUGGCAUCACAAUGCUGGCCGGCGUCACACAUUUGCCAGGAGGCUCACCACCGCCACCACCUGCACAUCAUAUGAUGGGCUUGCCGCCACAUCAUGCACACGUUUUGCCGCCCAUGCCGCCCCACAUGGCACCGCAUCUGUCGCCCGCCCAACAGCAUGCGCUCCACCAGCAUCUGCUCAUGCAACAGCAGCAUCAGCAGCAACAACAACAACAACAACAACAUCAGCAGCUCAACACACCCAAAUCGCAUCAAGACAUACAAGAUCUAUUGCAGCGUCUGCACCACAAUGCCGCCAUGGCCAACAGUCUGAGUGUGGGUGCACCCUACAGUCCUCCACAGACACGCCUCUCGCCGGACAGCGAUGCGCCGCCCUCGCUGGCCAUCAAGCGGGAGCGCUCGCCCGCACCACCCGCCCUCGAGCAGGCCGAGAAUCCCGCCCAGCGCAUACAGCCGCCGCAUACGCCACCCAAGUCCGUUUCGCCACAAUCCUCACAGCCCUCCUCAUCGCCCACACUGCUGGUCAGCAGUCCGCACAACACACCGCCACAGCAGCACCAACAACAACAACAGCAACUGCAGCAACAACAACAACCACCUUCAGGCUACCCCAAGCCGUCCAUGCACGGACCCAUCAUGGUGCCGGGCAUGCCGCCGAGUGGACUGGUUCGUCCCUUCCCCGUGGGCCCGGUCGCCGGUCCACCGCCGCCACCCAAUGUCCAGCCCGGCCUACCCGACAUCAAGGCGCUACCGCCGUACAUCAAUGCACCACCGGAACUGGGACCCGCCCACAAUCCACAUCUGAUUGCCGCCGCCCAGUUUCAAAUGGCAGCCGCAUUGCAGGCCGGUCAUGUUUUGGGCCCAGCCGCUGCAGCGGCUGCUGCCGCCGGCUUGCCACCACAUGCCGCACAAUUCAUGCCACAGCCGGGCAUGCCACGUGACAGCUAUCCGCUCUAUCCCUGGCUGCUCAGUCGCCAUGGACGCAUCUUUCCGCACCGCUUCCCAGGCAACUUCCUGCUACAACCCUUCCGCAAGCCGAAGCGCAUACGCACCGCCUUCUCGCCCUCGCAGCUGUUGAAACUCGAACACGCAUUCGAGAGCAAUCAAUAUGUGGUUGGCGCCGAACGCAAGGCUCUGGCUCAAUCACUGAAUCUGUCGGAGACGCAGGUGAAAGUUUGGUUCCAGAAUCGUCGCACCAAGCACAAGCGCAUGCAGCAGGAGGACGAGAAGGGGGGCGGCGGCUCCUCCGAACGCAACUCGCACAACGCCAGCGGCGAUGAGGAUGACGACGAGCUCAUCGACAUGGAGAUGGAUGACUGCCCCAGCGAUGACGAGCAUGAGCUUGAUGCCAGUCAUUAA